UCUAAUCGCCAUCCUGGGACGCGCUACCGAGAAAUAGGGCAUACCCACAAUGGGAUACAGCCUGUAGUAGUACCACCACUCCUCUAUUGUGAAAGUAUGGGGUCUCUUGGGGUGCAUAUAUUCACUGCCAUCUCACUAUCUGGGGCAGAGAGAGCUGACAAUGGCUUGCCGUACACUCCCUACUCGGUCAAUAUGACCGGUCGCUUUGAGAGUCUCAAGGGCAUUCGACACCCACACCUGUGCGAGUACAUCGACCUUGUCAUUGGCGAUCAUGAGAGGGUGAUGGUAGUCUCCGAGGCCUACACCACCACACUGAGCGAUGUCAUUGCGAGUGGUGUACCUAUACCAGAGGACCAGAUUCGUCACUGGACUGUACAGAUCGUCUGUGCGUUGCACCAUCUGAACACAUUGGGUACUUGCCACCGGCACCUGUCACCGGAGAGUAUACAACUCACUAUUCCGUACGAGAUGCGAAAAACGUGGACGGACAGUGCCGAAGAAAAAUCGUCUACACACUCUUCCCUCAGUCGCACGGAGAGUAUGGGGCAAGCCGCUAGAUUUGAUGACGGCACGGAUAAUAUCGGUGCAGCACAGAGGCCGGGCUCACAAGACACUCGGCAGCGCUGCUGUAGGCGGGAGUGUACGCCAGACAAGUUUAUCAUCCAACCCACCGGUGCAACCAGAACCAGGCCUACGACCGAUGCUGAACAUACAAACGGGUGUCAGUGUAAACCAAGUAGACAUAAGGGCCCCGAAGGAACUAAGUUUUCGGGUGGGGACGUGAGGCUUAGCGGGUACGGUGACUUCUAUCUCACAGCCAACGGCGCCGAGGUGGCCUUCCCCUUUGGUGUGCCUGAGUAUAUGGCCCCAGAGCUGCUGGCGCUGGAGUUCGCUAAGGCGAGUACGGAUCCAGGCUCAGUGAUUCCCGUGCACACCACACACCCGGUCCUCUCAGUCGAUCCCAAGGGCAGGCAUAUCCCUCUGCCAGGUUGUCAUUCGGACUGUGACGAGACGAGUGCUGUGGGGAAUGUGGCAUCAGAUGUUGUAGUGGACGCAGGCGCUAAUCCGAAGUUUGAUGUGUGGGCACUCGGGCUGAUAUUGCUCGAGUUGACGUUAGGGUCGUAUCUAUGGCAGCGAGAUAGGGGUGCUACAGCUGACACUGCUGCCCGAUCUACAGGAAACAAUAAUUUACGUAGUGAUAAGGACAUUCGCAAUGCGGAUAGACGGAAUGCCUCAGAGUAUGGUACUUCCCAUCAUGAUGGCAAGCAUAGUAACGGUGGGGACAGCCGCAAGAAGAGUAGCCUCGGAGAGGCAAAGGGCAGUAGGUAUGGUCCGGCGAGUGUGAGGGCAGAUGGUAACCAAGGCAACGCUAGUAGACCGGUCCGAAAAUCAGAGGAUCUGGAAGAACUUCUGUGCGAUAUUCUGAUGCUCGCACAAGAUGUCCCGUUGGAUGUUGGUGGUACAGCGGAUGAGGAUUGUGUGGGUGUGGGUAUCGGUGGGGAAAAGUCUGCUGACCAAGAUGACAAGAGUUUUAGUGUUUUACCAGGAGAACGGUAUAGCACACGUAGUGCGUUACAGAAGAUUUGUAUGAGUCAUGCAGCUCUGCUAGAGGAGAGAUUUGCUGACUGCUUCAAUCGGGACACGGGAGUUGUGAAUCUGCCAAUGAGCGACGAGAUGCGUGAUUUUAUAUCGUUGUGUCUGAGGAUAAGGCCUGGUGAACGGCCAACGCCGGGACAACUACUGCAGCAUCCAUUUCUGAAUAUGUAA